AUGAGUCAGUGCUCGUUUGCUGGCAACAGCGUACUGAGGUCAAAUUGCAAGGUCAAAGGGGCUGAAGGAACUGCUGGUCCUGGCGCUGAAGGAGUCCUGCUUUCCAUGAGGAUGGUGAAGGCGCUCGUGGUGACGACGGCGGUGGCUCUCCUGGCGGCGGUCUCCUCCGGGGGGAGCUCCAGCGGCGACCAGGUGUGGGUGCUGCCGGACACGGCGAGCAACCGGCAGCAUGCGACGUACCUGCAGAUGCUCGGCCUGGCUGCGGUGGAGGACGCCGUCCGCAUACGUGUCUACGCAGAGCACCUGGAGGAGGCGGCCCGACUACCCUACGGCUAUGGCGUGUCUUGGGAAGUGUGCAUAGGCGUCUCAGUAUCUGCCUUGUCGGCGGGGGCGCCACGAAUAGUCCAGUUCUGGGAGAUUUCGGACGUUGAUGACUUAGCGAGAGUAUGCCCAGACUCUAGGGAGAUAAUGCCGCGGUGA